UGCGAUGUUGUCACCUGACUGUAGGUCGAUCGGCGCGGCGUCUGCAGAAGCCACGGCCCCGAGCGAGGGGGGUUCGAGCGGCUAACGCUCGCCUGAAGGGCUCCGGCUGGGCCAGAGGCGUUGAGUCCCUAUAUCUUUUCUAUCCCAGAUAUAACUUACUGAAGAGUCUUGGGAGAUUAAUUAUAUUGAAUCCAAAGAACUAAUAUCCUCACAGUGAAUUGCCACUGUAUAUCACAGGAUCACACUGGUUACAGAAGCUGUUGAAAGUGGGCAAAGAGGGAAUUUUCUGCAGUACAUUGGCUGACAAGGAAGAUCUACUAUAAAUUCCUGAAGCAUAUAUAGAAUGGAUUUUACCCAUUCAGUAUGAGGCAAAAAACCUUAUCAAAGUAAUAUUUCCCAGGUGUGAAAACUAGAAGCAUGUUCUCCUCUGAGAUCUUUAUCAACACUUGUGAUACAGAAUGUCUUUAAGCGAAAGAAACAAUGUUGUUUUUGCAUAUGAGUCCUCAGUACACAGUGCCAAUGUUCUGCUUAGUCUUGAUGAACAGAGAAAGCAAGAUCUUUUUUGUGAUGUUACCAUCUUAGUGGAAGAUCAGCGAUUUCGGGCCCAUCGCUCUGUCCUUGCAGCCUGCAGCAUCUAUUUCCAUUCAAGAAUUGUGGGUCAGUUGGAACCAGAUCUUAUUAUUAUUUUACCUGAAGAGGUUACACUAAAAGGAUUUGAUCCUUUGCUUCAGUUUGCAUACACUUCCAAACUCAUUCUAGACAAAGACAAUGUGUCAGAAGUUUGCAAGUGUGCUGAGUUUUUGGGAGUACAUGACAUUGAAGAAUCUUGUUUUCAAUUUCUCAAAUUCAAAUUUCUGGACCAUAAACCAGGUCAGCAGGAAUACACAAAAAAGAAAUGUUGUAGACCAUGCUGUCCGAAAGAGGACCAGAAAAUAAGUGUUGCUGAUGAUGCGGAUUUAGAAAUAGAUGAAGUGGAUGAAGCACAGCAGAAUGAAUGCAUUCAAAACCCCCAAUUGAGGGCUUGCAAAAAUGAACAAAAUUCAGAUGUAUCUCUUCUGCAAAAAAAACAAACAUGUGAGUCUGUAUCAGAAAAGGGUCAAGUCUUAGAAUCCCUGUGUCCUAAAUAUAGGAAGUAUUUGGGGAGUGACAAAGUCCCUGUUGUGGAGUCCAACUCCAGUAUUAAAGAAGUUCAGGUAACAGCUGCUCCAUCCAUUCAUCAGACUGAAUCAAAUACUAAUGGUGCUGUACGAACAUCCCUUGAAUGUGCAGCUGCGCAUCCAGUUUCAAAAUGUGAAGACGCUCAGGUAGAAAUGGAAGAGGAUGGCAAAGAGGUGUUCUUCAAAGAGACGGCUUCUGAGUUCCAAAGUAUUGAAAGUUCUGUGGAGAAGACAGAUCCUGCUUUCUCCCCCAGUAGCUCAUCUGUUGCCACUCAUGGAGGUUAUGCUGCUCCUUACAUAAAUGUAUAUGAUCAAUAUUGCAAUUUGACUUUGAGUGGCAUGCAGAACAGCGCAGAGGUAACUGGGAAAAAUGCCAUUGUUACAGAACCUGGAAAUUGCAAGCCAAUCAACGAAAGCACUGAAGAGGUCCCACCCUUGAAAUCUCACUUGUGUGACAGAGAAAAUGUGAACAAUACUUCACCUUGCAAUCGUAGCAGUGUGGAACGAGAGAUAGCAGAACAACUGGCAAAAGGGUUUUGGAGUGAUGUUUACAACACAGAUACAGCAUGUCAAGUCAACUUGUCUCCUGCUUCAGCUAAAGAAUUUUCAGACCAAGGUUGUUCAGAAAAGAAAACUGAAUGUCCUUGGUUAGGUAUAAGGAUCAGUGACAGUCCUGAGCAUGGCCCUCAAAGAACUUUUACUACUUUGAAUCCUGUCAGUUGCCCUUUCAUGAGUAACCUCAGUACUGAACACAGUACUGAGAUCAACAGCAGUGAUUGUGUUCCUGAGCAACAACCAGAACAAUGCCCUUAUACGUGUGUGAUAAAUUUGGAAGAUGAUUCUGAAACGGAUACAGAGGGAGAUAGUGAACCAUGUUCUGCCAGAGAACAGGAAUGUGAGGUAAAGCUGCCAUUUAAUCCACAGAAGAUAACUUCACUUUCUAGAAAUGACUUUCAAUCAUUUCUGAAAAUGCACAAAUUAACACCAGAAGAGCUGGAUUGUAUCCAUGAUAUUAGAAGGCGAAGUAAAAAUAGAAUUGCAGCACAGCGCUGUCGUAAGCGAAAACUAGACUGCAUACAAAACCUUGAGUCGGAAAUAGAGAAACUGCAAACUGAAAAAGAGAACUUACUGAAGGAGAAAGAUCACAUCUUGUCAACCCUGGUUGAAACAAAGCAGAAUCUGACAGGACUUUGCCAGCAAGUAUGUAAGGAAGCAGCACUGAGUACAGAGCAAAUACAGAUUCUUGCAAAAUACUCCACCUCUGAUUGUCCACUUUCAUUUUUGAUCCCAGAAGGGGAACAGCCAGCUCAUUCUGAUAUUUCUGCAAUACCAUUGUGUGUUGAAUUAUCUGCAGGUCUUUCUGUAUCAGCUAAUGAACAGAGUUCCAGUUAUCAGCAUAUAAAAGGAGCAUGUGAUACAGGAUAUGAUCAAGCACAAGAAUUGUACCCAAUUCCUGUAAGAAUAUCUGAGAAAACAUUAUGUUUGGAGCCAUGUGUGCAGAGUGGUGGUGGUAUAACAGAUUUUUGUCAACAAAUGACUGACAAAUGCACUACAGAUGAAUAAUUUUGUCAAAUUCAUCCUACAGGAUUGUAGUAUUAGUCAUUAUCUAAGAAGAUAGAACCGUACAGUGCAGCUGUAUUAAUUUGUAUGUAACUUUCCAUCAUCCUCAAUCAAAUUGAAAUGUCAUUAUGGGCUUUUUUCUAAUGACAUAUAAAAGAUAUGUCAUCUUGGUAAUUUGCCUUAUUACAAAGCAGAAGGGAAUUCUUGCCAUUUAGAAAUUUCAGGCUGCCAGUACCAUGUGAAAAGAAAAUAACUGGAACAAAUCUUUCAUCUGUUAAAUUCUCUUACAAUUCCAGCAUAAGUGUGUUUAAAAUAAAUCUUAGAAUAGAGCCUCAAGAAUCCAUAACUUCAAGAAUGUUGGGUCACUGCAUCAGAGACAUACCCAUUCUUGACACAUUGUUGCCCUUCCAUGGAUUUCAAAUACUUGAGGUUCUGCUUAAUGUAACAUGGUAAUUUGUGCUUCUUCCUUAAAAUGGCUAUAAAGAAAAUUAAAAUGAUCAAAUGUUCUGGAAGGAUUUCAACUUUUACUAUUAAUAGUGGGACCAGUUCAAAACUAUUUGAAAACUAUUCUUUUAAAUGGAUACAUUUUAUCAGUAAAGCUAACUGUAACUAUUCAUGAUCAGUUUUCAAUAACUUCAUCUAUUUAAAAAAUGAGCCACUUUGAUUCUUCAAUAGUUUUGACUAUUAAAAUAAGCAAAUAGAACAUUUUACUGUAGGCUGUUCUGCAUUGUAUUAAUUACAGAAAAUCCUUAUGAACUCUGUAAUAGCAUAACUGCUCUUAAUAACAGAAGCUUUAUCUACUGAACCUCAGACAUUUUGCUGGUUUACAACAUGUAAAAAAGCCAAUGGAAUUCUUCAUUUCCUACCUCAGAACAGACAUCAGUUUUUAUAUCUGUGUUUGGAUUAAUCACCUUUCUGUAACUAUUUGCUUUGCAGGACUCUAGAGUAGUAAAUCUGUCUGUAAUAUGCUAAGGUAUUGGUUACCUUAACCAUGAUUUAGCCUAUAAAGAUAAGUUUGCAUUUACAUAAUGUAAUGCUAACAUGUAUGAACAUUUGGCCAAAUACAUAAUCUACACAGUACUUCUAACAACCAGCAUGUAUUACAAAAAGAAAAAAAAAACUACACUACCUCAGAGUGAUUUCAAAAUUGCUCAAAGCUGCAGUGAUAUUCACAAAUACCUUUCACAGAUUAGCAUUAUGAAUUACACAGCUUACAGACUUUUGACUUCAUUGUAGAAGUUCCUUUAUAAAUUCAUGUGGUUUCAUUUGCUUGUGUUGUGAUAAUUUCUCUUGUGAUAAUUUAGGGAAAUUCUUAAUAAGCAUUUAGUCAGCAUAUUGGUGUUGCGUGCAUUUAAUAAGGCAUUUAUUCUUGAAGAGUGCGCAUACAUUUCUUUUUCAGGAGUCAUAUUCUUUGACUUUUUUCCUGAUCCACCCCCUUUUUUUCUGACAAAUCAGUUAGCAGUGCCAAAUCUAUUCAGGCAUGUGAUGUAAAAAUGUAUACCCUAAAGAAGUAGCUUAAUUCUAUUUUGAAAGGAUGCAAUAUUGACACAGUUGCUUGUGAGACUAAAUUGUAAGUGUCAACACAUAUAUUCUAAACUAUAGCUCAAGGGAACUGGAUUUUCUAAUUUUUUAUGGGCUGGCUAGUGCUGAGGUUCAAAGGGACAAUCUGGUUUAGGCUUCUGUCUCUCAACUUGAUAAGCCAUCUAUAAAUCAUUGUCUACGAGAGAAGUGAAAAAAGCCUCUACUAUAUUUGUGCAGUUGGUUAAUAAAUGCAAUGCCUGUGAAUUAGAUCUCCAGGUACAACUUACAUUUUUAUAGGAAUUAUUCAAUAUGCCUAGUUUAUAAUUUAUAAUUAGAGAGGGUGAGAAUUGAGGUGACUUAAUGCCUAAUUGGCUACCUCCAGGAAAGUUUGUACAGUAAUGUUUCAGGUUGCAUGCAAACAUUGAACAGAUAAACCAUCAACUCACAAAUAUUAGGAAUGAAUGUCAAUGGCAAUCUUAUUAUACAGGAAUCUCAGGUAAUUUUUUUUCCAGUUUCAGCCAAGAAUAUUCAGUUUUGAACAUUGUAAAACAUUUGCAUCAAGGCAUGUUAAAAGUAGUUUUAAAUAUUUGGGACAGUGUUAGGAGUCCCAACAAUAAACAGCGUAAAGAUUGUAAAAAAAGAGAACACCCCUACAUUCGUUUCAAUUGAUUUUAUAUCUUUCAUAGUCCAGUGUUUUCUAAUGCAAUAAAAACCACUAUCCUUUCUAUGAAAAUCUUCAUUUUUGUAAAGGUUUGGCAUUGUAGAAUUGAUGCAUACUGAUUGAUUCAUUUACUACUACUAAAGCUGAACUCUGGAAAUAACAUUAUUUAUACAGUUUAUAUAAUAUAUUAAAGCAGCAGGAAAUAUUACUGGAUUGGAAUAAAACUGCUAAGCUUACUUUCAAAUAACACCUGUCUUAAUCUUUAUUAUUUUCAAAAAUAAAUAUCAUUUGUUACUGCCUGGAAUUUUGAAAGUUGCUUUUCACUUACAACUGUGAAAAACUAUUAUGCUUUGAAUCAUAAAACUUGAGUGAGGAACUAAA